CAACAAAUAGCAUUUAAACAAAGGCCAAAUAAUAGUUAAUAGUAUAUUAACAUAAAAAUAAUACAAAUAUUUUAGUUAAAAUAUUGGUGGAUAAACCUUCACGUUUCCUCCUCACGUCAAUCUUGUUACGUAACACUCUGCCAUGUUCCAACUCUCGCGCUGUUUUGCUAAUGGAAGUGUCAGAGUGUCAACAAGCAGCAGCAUACUGUCCGGAGCAGGGAGGAGGGAGUCCAGAGGAUAUUUAAACAACAUUUGUCUGAGAUGGGGGAUGAUCGACCUUUUGUAUGCACUGCCCCUGGAUGUGGGCAGAGAUUCACCAAUGAAGACCACCUGUCAGUCCACAAACACAAGCAUGAAAUGACAUUAAAAUUUGGUCCUGCCAGAACAGACACUGUUAUCAUUGCAGAUCCAUUUUUUGCAGAUCAGACACCCACACCCACACGUUUCCUAAAGAACUGUGAGGAGGUUGGGCUUUUCAAUGAGCUAGCGACCUCCUUUGAACAUGAGUUUUCCAAAGCACACGAGGACGACCAGAGGAAUAGAAGGGCUGCACCUUUACAAACACCAUCUGAGGUAAAAGUUGAGGAUGAUGUUCCUUUACAAGUGGAUUCCUCCUCUCCUGGAAGUCCGGAUUCCUCCUCCAGCAUGUCAGACAACAGCAGAGACUCGAGCAUGAGAGGAGGAAAGGAGAUUCUAACGAAGCUGGUUGCCAGCUCUACCCCCACUCCAACCAUUGUGCGCCCAGGUUCUCUUCCACUUCACCUUAGCAAUGACGCGCUAAACCCCACUAUGCCAUCUCCAACGUCUGUCAUCACUCAAACACCGCCCUCCAACAGACAGCUCGGAUCCCCAACAAGUGCUUUUCCACUGGUGAGGCACCUCCCCAAUGGGCAAACAAUCCCUCUACUGCCCAGUCCCUCUCAGAUGACCUCCGUUAUAUCUCUUGCGAGGCCAUUGAACUCUGUGCCUUACAUCCCUGGGAUUCCAGGGCCUCCAGUUGGCGGGGCCAGCAGCGGCUCAUCCUCCCCGUCUGGGUAUAGCCUGCACUCCGAGGCCAAGAUGAGGCUGAAGGCAGCUCUCACUCACCAGGGCCCAGGAGCACAAGAUGGAGCUGGUGGGGGGGCAGGAUCUAACCCUGCUGUCCCCCAGCGACAGGAACAGAGCCAACAACCAUCUCAAAACUCUGACGCACCAUCACCUGCCCAACCCCAGGUGUCCCCUGCUCAGCCAACAGGAGGCCGGCGGCGGCGAGCUUCAGAGAUGGACCCUGAUGAGAGGAGGGAGCGCUUCCUGGAGAGAAAUCGGGCGGCCGCCUCCCGUUGCAGGCAAAAACGAAAAGUGUGGGUUAACUCUUUGGAGAAAAAGGCAGAUGAUCUGGUCAACAUGAAUGUGUCUCUUUCGAAUGAAGUGGGCCUACUGAGGAACGAGGUGGCACAGCUGAAGCAGCUCCUCCUGGCCCACAAAGACUGCCCGGUCACUGUUAUGCAGAAAAAGGCAGCUUUCUUAGCUGCAGGAGGAGAGGAAACCUCCAGGGAUACUUCCAGUGAACCCAUCGGCUCCCCAGCGGCGGUCAUUCAGCACGGGCCGUCACCAACCGCCUCGGCCUCCAGCCCAGUUGCCACCAUCAACGGGCUGAGCGUCCGUGCUGCAGAGGCGGUGGCCAUGUCGGUCUUGGCUGGCAUGGGGUCAGGCCAGCCGGGGGGUGUUGUAAUGGCAACUCAGUCACAGUCGGCCCAGAGAUGAUGUGCUGACGCAGGUAGCCGGUAUGAAGUGGCAUUCUGAGGCAGUACUGGUGAUGUAAAAGAGAAACUCACCCUCAAAUCCCACCCCAGACUAAGAUACACUCGUCCCCUCACAGCCAAUGAUAAUCACACAAAGACACGGCCCAGUGCCUCCGUCAACCCUCCAGUCCCAGCAGGCUCCCUGUUAAGAGAUGCUUGGGCACUCUUUGUAUGUAAAUAUGAACAACACGUCAAACACUCGCUCUUAAGUUUGUAGUCAUUUCUUGUUAAUUAGUGACAGUUGAAGGUAUACAUUUGGAUGAAAAGUAUGUAGGAAAAAGUUAAUUUUAUCUAAAAAUAAAUGUUCAGUUCAACUUCAGUCCCACACACUGGCUGUGAUGAGGUUGGUUGCUUUCCAGGCUGACAAUUGUAUUUUUCAUUUGUAUGAAAAGAUUUUUAUGCCUGAUACUGGUAUUCGACAUAAUGUUUGCUGAUGCAGUGAAAGUAUGGUGAGAGAUUGGCUGGCUGAUUUCAGUAAAAGUCAGCCUGGAAUUUUUUUACGUGGUCUUUUUGUUGUUUACUUUUCAAUCUGACCAUUUGUGUUCUCUUUAAACACACAUGACGGUUUAGUCAGCCGAGUGCAAAAAACAAAAACAAAUUGUAGAUGUGUACACAGUUUAUCCUGUGAGUGUGUGCCUGACUUUUUUUACCAUCAAUUUUAACCUAAUUGGAAUGUAUGUCUUUACAUUAGUCGUGUAUGUAUCAAACCCUAUUGACUGCAUGGAUUACUCGAGGCUGAAGAAUACCACUGUUUGUGCUUCAUCAUACUAUUACUGUUUAUUGUUAUGCUUUUCUUCUGUUUUAAACAUCAAUUUACUGAUGCAAAAAGUGUCCUCGUUAUAUACGGAUUUAAUCCUCAGUCCUCAUGUAACACUCUUGAAAUAGUUAGCUUUAGAUGGCCUUCAAAUGAUAAUCAGACAUAAUAGAUAAUAAAUCAUUUACCCUGGCAUUUCAUUUGAGGAAAAGAGUAGUGCAAUAUAUUUUUCUAUUGAAUAUCAAUGUUCUUGCAUUUAUUUGUUGUCUGUAGCCCAGCCGCUGAGAGGGGUUUCAUCCAUUUCAGUUGAAAGCUAAAGUUAUGAGGUGACCAGAGGGAAUGUGAUAAUGAAUAUUUUUUGAAUGAAUGAGAUUAGUGAUUAGUGCCGAUCUGUAGAAACUUACAGAUGUCCUAGUCCUGGGUGCUUUCCAACAUUUGAAAAGCUGUCUUGUAUCAUGAUAAAGACUCAAAUAGUUGUGCGAGGUGCUUCUUUUGAAAUUUAAGUUUUGAAAUGCAUAUUAUUUUAUACCGCAGUGUACUUCCAAGACUAUCAUUUCCCCCCCCCCCCCCCCCCC